AUGGUGCUGGGUUCGCCGGUGAAGCGCCUGGCGCGGCGGGCGGCCAAGGGCCCGCUCGAGAGGGCCGGCCUGGCGGGGCUGGCCGUGGCGGCGGUGGCGGCGGCCGCUCUGCUGGCGCUGCUCUGCGCCGCGUCGCUCCGCUGCUCGGCGGCCGCGCUGGCGGCGGCGCCCCGGAGGCUCUGGGCCGGCGGGGUCUCCAUCGCGGCCGAGGCAGAGGCUGCCGCGGCGGCGGCGGUGGCGGGUAAUCAGGAGGAGUGCGACCUGUUCGACGGGGAGUGGGUGCGGGCCGACGGCGGCUACCCGCUCUACGACUCCAGGGACUGCCCCUUCCUCGACGUCGGCUUCCGCUGCUCCGAGAACGGCCGCCCCGACGCGUCCUACACCAAGUGGCGGUGGCAGCCGACGCGCUGCGAUCUCCCCAGAUUUGAUGCCAAAAGCAUGCUGGAGAAGCUACGGAACAGAAGAGUAGUAUUUGUUGGUGAUUCGAUUGGAAGGAACCAAUGGGAGUCUCUACUUUGUAUGCUCUCUACUGCUGUUCCUAACAAGAGUUCAAUCUAUGAAGUUAAUGGGAGUCCCAUCACAAAGCACAUGGGUUUCUUGAUUUUCAACUUUAGAGACUACAACUGCACUGUGGAAUACUACAGAUCCCCUUUUAUAGUCCUUCAAGGUCGUGCUCCAGCUGGAGCCCCUGAGAUUGUUAAGUACACGAUUCGAGUGGAUGCCAUGGAUUGGAUGUCUGACCGGGGUAAGUGGAAGGAUGCUGAUGUAUUGAUCUUCAACACUGGGCACUGGUGGAACAAUGAGAAAACAAUAAGGGGGGGUGCCUACUUCCAAGAAGGCGAUGAGGUGAAAAUGGAUAUGACUGUUACAGAUGCUUACCGAAGAUCAAUACAUACAUUGUCCGAUUGGCUUCACAGAGAAGUUAACACAAGCAAGACCCAUGUCAUCUAUCGUACAUAUGCUCCUGUGCAUUUCAGAGGUGGUGACUGGAAGACUGGAGGGAGCUGUCACUUGGAAACUCUUCCAGAUUUGACUCCACCCGAAUCGCUGGAAGAAUGGGAUGAUCUGCUUAAACCUGUGAAUGAUGUUCUAGGGAACAAUCUGAGACCCAAGCUUUCUGGUUUAGAUAUGCUGAAUGUGACGCAGAUGACAGCUCAGCGGAAAGACGGCCACCUCUCGGUAUACCUAAGCCCUUCAGGACCCGUCCCUCACUACAAACAGGAUUGCAGCCACUGGUGCCUGCCAGGUGUUCCAGAUACCUGGAAUGAGCUUCUAUACGCCCUCGUCAUGAAAAGGCAUACGAAGACGGAUCAGAAUCUUUCCCUUUCUGGCACUAUAACCCGGAACACUGGCUGA